UAAGUGCGAGCGGUGCCGGGCCGGGGCCGCGGCCGGGAAGGCAUGGAGCGCGGUGCUUAUGGCCGGCGGCGCGCGGGGGGCGGCGGCGGGGGCGGACCUGUUCGGGCAACGGUGUCGCAGGCGCCGCACGCACGGGCGCUCGCUCAGUCCUCCCGCAUCGCCCAACGGUACCGAACGUGCGUCGGCGCACAGCUGCGCCACCAAAUAAACAAACUUACCGGUCAAUGUGUACGAUGCUGACUUGUGUCGCUUCGGCGGGGUGAACUUACAGACUUAGUGAUUUUGACUAAUUUAAGGAUUGAGUGCAAGUGAUAAAACGCCAAGAUGCCGAAGAUAUUCCUGAUCAAGAAGCGGAUGCACGACCAGCAGCUGGGCCUGCAGGAGGGGCAGGAGCUGCUGGUGAGCAAGGCGGACGCGCUGUGUCCCGGCUCGCCGCUGGACGACGGGCCCGUCGCGCUGCUCUCCAAGAAGGACGACUGCGGCGAUCGUGAUGUUUUCGGAGAAAGAUCCAUCGAGCGCGGCAAGAAAGAACCAAGAAAAUUUGUAUCGUCGAUUCUGGGCGGCGACAUCCCUUAUGGAAGCCACAGAGGUCACGUUCUCACACAAGCAGAACGAAAACAGUAUUCACCAGUCCUCGUAGAAGACAAGAAAAAAGAUGACAAACCUUUAAUUAAAGAGGAAAAGGAUCCAUUAGAAAGCCAGUACGUUGUGCUCCCUUCCAGAAGCUCGCCGUCUCCAGAAACAUCCCCAUCUCCCAGUAUUGAUAACAAUAUCACAUGUCAAAAAGUAUCAGUAAUACAAAGAACACCCUCACAAUCACAAUUCCGUGAUGGCAAAAAAGAUUCAAUAGAUGUCAGCAUUCCAGCGACACUUCCGACAACAGAACCCGAACAGGACCAGCCUAUUGAUUACGUUAUUGCAAAGAAGCGCGGGGAAACAGAAGAUGAAGAAACAGAAAAAAAGAUAAGAGAGCAAAGACGAACAAGCAGUUCUAAAAUUGCAAACGGCAUUUUAGCAAGGCCUACAUUAGUACUAAGGAACUGCCCAGCCAACAAGAUCCCCGGAAUAAUCAGUGCUGCGGCGGGUCACGGGCGCUCCACCAGUGGGGGCGGCUCUAAUGGUGGAUCUCAAAAUAGUGGUGGUUCAGCCAACUUCAGCUCAGGCGGGGGCAGCACUGCUCCUUCUUCGGGCGGAGGCGGCGCUAUUGGCGGGGGUUCAGGGAGUGGCGGGAACGGCCGCGAUGGACGAUCCAACUACGGCCCAAACAGCCCACCGACGGGAAGCCUGCCACCAUUCUAUGAAACACUGGGCCCGUCCACGAAGGGCGGACAGAACUCAUACAACGCUAACGGUUCCUUCUCAAACGAAUUUAAUAUGAUUAAUGGCUUUAACAUGGACUGUGAAAGUAAUGAGAACACAACAAAUUUCCCGGAACAAAGUAAACAGUAUUCAUUAAUGCAAAAUGCAAAUUAUGGACUAGCUUUAAAAGACGAAGACAUCGAUUAUGAGAAUAAAAUGGAAAAUUUGGGCGCAAUGGGUAACUACGGAAGUAAUUUCGAUGACUCAAUGGUAGUCGAUAUGGGAGACGACGUCAUAGAUACGUACCACUUUACAAACACAUUAACCUUUCCCGGAUCGAACGAAGGUAUUCUGGGCAACUUGUCGGAUUCGACAGAAGACUUUGAAAACCUGUUAAAUAAUCAUGUAGAACCUAUCACCGACUCGGAUCUGCGAGAAUCGUCAUCAAUCUCGCCAGCGUCUGUAGACAUCGAAUCACUAGCGGAGCAAGUUACAUUAAGUAGACAGUAUUAUGAAAAGGCGAAUAACUAUUUGGCAUUCGCUAGCCAAGAAGCGGGUUCGUCGUAUAACUUCGCUAAGGAUCGGCCGGACUUGUUGAUGCAACUGAACCCGGCACUUUUGCAACACAGCGAAGGUCAAAUGCAGCAACUGCAGAUCCAUGUUCAGUUGCAGCAGCGGCAGCAGAUGAUGUCGUCGCCCGGGUUCCCGUUCAGCCACCCGCUGGAGCUGGACUCUCCGACGGGCGUGUCGCUGCCCUCGCCGGGCGGCAACAGCUCGCUGGACGGCAGCCCGCACGCCGACACCUCCGCGCUCAGCCCCGCCGCCGCUGUAAGUCUCAAGAAAGGCUCUGACUCCAAAGUCCAAAUCUUGCAACACAGGUUGGGUCUACCGGCCGAGCUUCCCUUAGAAUUCAUCAACGGCGGCCACGGUGUAAAGAACCCCUUGGCCACAGAAGCGAACGCAAGACAACGAGAGGAGGAGAAAAACAAACAAGUAUUAGUCAGUGAAGACGACCCGACCAAGUUCGUGUGCAGAGUCUGCUCAAAGAACUUCAGCUUGCAAAGGCUUCUGAACCGACAUAUGAAAUGCCACUCCGAUGUCAAGCGAUACUUGUGUACAUUCUGUGGCAAAGGAUUCAACGACACCUUUGAUCUGAAACGCCACACGCGGACACACACUGGAGUCAGACCCUACAAGUGCAAUCUCUGCGAGAAAUCGUUUACCCAAAGAUGCUCACUAGAAUCUCAUUGCUUGAAGGUGCACGGAGUUCAACACACAUAUGCGUACAAGGAGCGGAGAACUAAGAUGUACGUGUGCGAGGAGUGCGGUCACACGACGUCGGAGCCGGAGGAGCACUACAUGCACCUCAAGAAGCAGCACCCCUACUCGCCCGCGCUGCUCAAGUUCUACGACAAAAGGCACUUUAAGUUCACCAAUGCUACUUUCGCCAACCAACUCUUAGGACAGCUCCCUAUGCCAGUCCACAAUUAAAUCUAAAUCUGUGUAAAGCCUGCAGCGGGAGCGUGCAGCGGAGCGGGCGAGCGUGCGUUGACUCAGAACACUUGUGUGAGCUUCAAUUGUUUGACAAGCACGCCGCACGCAGCGACCCGUUGCACGCCCAGUAUGAGCGUAAGCAGGUCUUACACUAAAUUUUUUAUAACCGCCUGUAGCAACUGGCAAAACAUCGUGUUCCAAUAACUAUACCAUUCGAGUUAUAUGCAUGACUGAAAGGUAUUUUACGAAUUUAUUCCGUCCCUUUUUAGCUGAAUUUUAUUAGAUCCCAGUGUUUGUAUAGCUCAAUUGACUUUUUUUUAUGUGAAGGACAACAUACAUGCAGACGGGUCGCCUGGUCGGAAGCAGCCUCCGUCGCAUAUAGGGGCUGCGCUCCAUCGAGCCGCCGGCAGCUUUGUCCUCACAUCCUAUACUCUAACCUUAUCACUACUCGAACGUUGACUAACCUAAAUCAAACGUCUUCCAAGCAGUCUCACGACUGCACUCUCUGUAAUCUUUCUUACCGGGAAAUCAAAAUCUGUUCCCAAAAAAUACCUAAAUUUUUAACAGUCAAGAGAACGCCAACAGCCCAGGCAUGACUGCAAUUAAAAAAUUUAAGUAUCGGGUAUUAUGUGCAAUCUUUGGUGAUGGUACGGGAUUAGAUAUACGUUUACGUGUAAUUUAGUUUAAAUCGUAGUAUUAUUUUAGUCAUUUACGAAUUUUUAUAUGAAAAAUUGAUUGUAAGUUUCAUUUCAAAUCAGCCAUGGAAAGCAAAGGGAAGAUUAUUGUAUGGUGCUAAUGCGAGCGACGCUGAAUUGAAAUGAAGCAGGUAUGAACCGGAUGACACCUCUUGUCCGCUUCAUGUAGACGUCUUAAAUCGGCAUGAUUUUAGAUGAAUAAUUCCACAAUAAGGAAUCUCUUUCCUCGUUUUAGUGAUACUAGCUUCUAAUUAUCUUUGAAAACAUUAACACAAAUUAUGUCACAAGUUUUACGAGUAUGUACCUAUAAAGUGUUAUGUUUGUUCUUUGUACUUAUUAUUGAAGACGGAAUUUUGAUUUGAAAGUGACUUCCCGUGCGAAGCACAAUGUCGUACCGAGUAUAAUUGCAUUUCUAGAAAAUAUUUAUAUUAUUUAAAUUAAAGUAUAGAUCGGUUAGAGUUCGUGCUGUGAGUGUGUGCGAGAGUUUAUCUAUUGUGAUGUGUACUGACUUAUUUAAUGUGUCGAUUGUUAUGUUGUUAAGGAAGGUCGUCAUACCGCGGUUGGACUUGUAGAUUACGAUGCUCAAUUGAUACAUUUGCGCUUUCACAGCGAAGCUUGUGGACCAACAUUGUAAAUAUGUCUAAAUUUAUAAAUAUUAGUUACAAAAUUAAAGCAUAAUGUACUUAAUAUUGUAGUACCUAAUUAGCCUAUAAUGAGAUUUUUAAAUGAUAUUGAAAUUUAUAGUAUUUUGAACAAUUUUGUAGUUUUUGAUAGAUCUGAACUUUAAAUUGGCUUAUCGAUAAUGGAAUGCAUGUUUGUGAUAGCGCAAUGCCUCUGUUAUACUUGUCUGUUGCAUUUACUAGCAUUUUUAAUCCAAUGUCAAUGUGUGGUUCCUUAUUUGAAGGAACGUACUCUUUGUUAUUCUAUAUUGAUAAGCAAUAUAUAAAGAUUAAAUACUGA